AUGUCUGUCUUCUACUACGAUCCCUUCACCGACUUUGAGCGCCUCUUCGACGACGCCUUCCGCGCUCGCACCAACAGCCAUAACCAGCUUUUGCGGUCCACACAGAGCUCCUUCAGGCCGAAGAUGGACCUCCACGAGAACGCCGCAUCUAAUACCGUGACCGCCACAUUCGAGUUGCCCGGCAUUAAGAAGGAGGACGUCCACAUCGAGACCGCCCCCGGCCGUCUGCGCAUCUCCGCCGAGUCCAGAAUCUCGGAGGAACACGAGAAGGACGGGUAUGCCAUCCGCGAGCGCCGCUUUGGCAAGUUCUCGCGCACGCUCCAGCUGCCCCACGGCGUUAAGGAGGAGGAAAUCAAAGCUAGCAUGGAGAACGGCGUUCUGACGGUCACUUUCCCAAAGACCGCUGCUGAGCAGACGCCGAAGAAGAUCACCAUUGCUUGA